CCCCAAACGCAAGUCGUACGCCAUACGAUCCUGCCAUAGCGCUCAUGCAGCCAAAGCUGCCCAGCCAGCCGUGCUCCGCCUGUGGGAUAUGGAAUUGUCAUCCGGUGCAACGAACGAAUCGUUGGUUGAGUCGCGCCUGUUUGCAGCCGAGACGAAGCGAUUCAGUCAACGGCCACUCAAGUGCACUACGGGGGUCACAGUGAAGUGAAGUGUAUGUUUCCACGAUCAUCAGGAAUUUGACUUUAUUGCCGGGAAAUUGUUAAAUAUGUUUGCUUCAAGGAGAUUUUGGUGGGCAGCUUUUCUGAACAUUCUUUUAGCUACAGUGAUUCACUGUGUAAAAAUUACCAAAAUAACUAUCCCGGAGUAUUACGUUAUAGAAGAUAGUGAAAAGCCAGAUACUCUAGUCUUAGAUUGCGAGUAUGAACUCCAACGGAGCGAAGAAAACGGCCUUGUUAUUAAAUGGACAUUCGAAGGGGAAAUCAUUUAUCAAUGGAUUCCACACCAUAAACCACAUGUAUUAAGGGCACAUAUGAGAGACAAAGUCGAUGCAACAUACGAAGCCUCUACAAAGCCUUUCCAUCAGUAUCGUGCACUAGCAUUGAUAAAUCCGACGUGGAAUUCAACUGGAACGUACUCUUGCCUUGCAGAUACUUUUGAAUCCACGGACAGAAAAUCAGGAUUUAUGCAAAUUAUUGAUAAAUCAAAAUCAUCAGUUGAAAUUUGUCGGAAUGUGGUGAAUGAAGUCGAGGAGAUAUCCUGCAUAGCAUCACAUGUUUAUCCACAACCUGUUCUUAACCUAACUUUGAACGAUGAACCUAUCCCGAAGAAAGCUGAUAAAGUGCACCUGCGCGCGGAUGGUCUAUUCGACGUUACAACGGUAGGGGCCACACCUCUACUUGACGCUGAAACCACCGGCGAAAUCACAUGUCACGUUUAUUUCCCGAAAACAAAUUUCACCAUGGAGAAAAUACUCUCGCUCUCUGAUGCCGAUGAAGUAUACAAAACAUCGAAACUAUUAAUGAUUUUCACAAUAAUGUUCUGUUUAAUUUUCAACGAUUUCCGGUCAAAGUUUGUUUAACAGGAUCUGCAACUAAAUAGCUCAAAGCUUUAACAAUUGCUUCAAGACGCAGCUUACUUAAUGUUCUAAUUUUACUUUAGUGUAAAUAAUGACUGUGUAAAAAGUGUAAAUACUAAUCUACUUAGUGAUAGAAUUGAUAUAAAUUACAAGUCCAUUGGAUAUAGGUUGAAAUGUAUAUCGAUUUGUAGUUUAUGGAGCUGUGACCACUACAAUGUAAUUUGUUAUAUCGGAAGUGUACCAAAGAAAUGUUGUUAUUUAUAUUUUCUCGUUCACUUAAUUGCUAAUAAUGUAUAUUAUCUUCAUUUGCCAAACUGAUAUAUGUAUGUAUUCUAUAAUCUUCGCACCCCACAUUCACUAGAGAAGCAUGACAAUGCCUAUUUUCAUCGAAUUUAAAAAGCAAUAUGGACCGAAAUUUUUAAAAUAUAAUCUUAUGUAUAAAAUAUUGGUUGAUUUAGUGAUUAAUAGGAAGAUGCCAAUUUUUGUAAAAAAGAAAAUACCAGAAUACAUUUUAUAUGAAAACAUU